ACGCUCGAAAUGCAAAUUCGAGUAUCCUAUCUAUUCCUUGUCAAUUGUGGCUUCUCUUCAAGUUGAUUCUCUUCGGUUUCGCUGAUCUCAAGUGCUCAAAAUCCUCUUUGAGAUAUUUCGUAUCGCCCUUAUACACCUGAAAAGGGGUAGUUCUACAGUUGGACGUGCAUCUAAAAAGGUAUUGUAUGAGUCAAAAAAUAGAAAAACCAAUAUUAUCAGGUCAACGCAUAAAGACCAGAAAAAGAGAUGAAAAAGAAAAAUAUGACCCAAUGGGAUUUCGAGAUGCGAUUUUGCUUGGUUUGGAAAAGGCUGGUAACGACUUAGAUGCAAUUUCAAAGUACUUGGACGCAGCUGGCUCUAAAUUAGAUUACCGCCGAUAUGGGGAGGACUUAUUUGACAUCUUAAUAGCUGGUGGACUUUUGGUUCCAGGCGGUUCUAUUGCUCAAGAUGGUGAUAAACCAGUUAAAACUACUGCUUGUGUUUUUGAACAACCAGAAGAUAUGGAAUCUAUGCGAAAUUUUGAACAAGUUUUUAUCAAGCUUAUGAGACGUUAUAAAUAUCUGGAAAAAAUGUUUGAAGAAGAAAUGAAAAAAGUAUUGGUUUUUAUGAAAGGUUUUACUCCUAAAGAAAGAAUAAAAUUAGCUAGAAUGACAGCUCUAUGGAUAUCUAAUGGUUCUGUUCCACCUACUGUUUUAUCAGUUUUAAUUAAUGAACAUCUGGUUAAAGACAACUUAGCAUUAGACUUUCUAUUAGAAGUUUUUGUCACUUGGAGACAGGAAAAAGGUCUAUCAAGUUUAAUGACUGCAUUGAAAAAAGGCAAUAUUGAAGGAAGGUUAAUGGAAUUUGUGCCGCCUAAUAAACGAACCGAAGAGUAUUUUCGAUCUGUAUUUGAAGCUGUUGGUCUUGCAGACAUUGUAAAAUUACAUAAAGCUCAAGCAAGUCAAGAAGCAAAACGAGACUUGCAACAACUAUUAUUGGAUGAUUUGGCUGAUAAUCGUCCUUUAAAAGAUAUUAUACUUGAUCUCAAAGAAAUGGCACAAAAGAGUGGUAUUCCUGAACAUGAAGUUAUUGGCCUGAUUUGGCUUGUAGUUAUGGGUCAAGCUGAAUGGAAUAAAAAAGAAGAAUUAGUGGCUGACCAAGCACUGAAACAUUUAAAAGUAUACACUCUACUGUUUGAUGCUUUUACAACCACUGCCAGAUCUGAGCAUGCGCUUAUUCUCAAGGUCCAGGAAUUUUGUUAUGAGAAUAUGAACUUUAUGAAAGUCUUCCAAAAAAUUGUUUUACUAUUUUAUAAAACGGAUGUAAUAUCGGAAGAAGUAAUUUUGAAAUGGUAUAAGGAAGGCCAUUCUGUUAAAGGAAAAAUGAUGUUUUUAGAUCAAAUGAAAAAAUUCGUUGAGUGGUUACAAAAUGCAGAAGAAGAAUCUGAAUCAGGAGAAGAAGAAGAUUAAAAACACAAAAAAUAAUAUAAGCUUCAUUAUCAAAAAAAAAAAAAUAUAUAUAUAUAUAUUUGGAUUUUAUCCAAAAUUUUUAAAAUGGAUCAAAAUAUGAACUGAAAUUGGAUUGCACUGAUAAAUGAAAAUUUUGAAAAAAUAAAGUUUGUAUCAUUCUGAGACAUACUAUAUCAAGACAAGUAUAUACAGUUUUUUAAUCAUUAAUGAAUAAAAAACAUUAUCAUCUAAUUAGCAAAGGAGAUUGUAAAUUGACAGUGUCUUUAAAUUGUAUUACUUUAAGAAAAAAUAUUUUGUGUUACAUUUUUAUAACACCGCUACAAAAUAUAUACAGAAUAACAAGUUAAUGAAGAAAAGAUCUUUACCCCUGUGUACGUAUAAUUUUCAAACCCACAUUCUUUGUAUGAUAAUAUUGUACUAGUUUUUAGAAAAUAUAUUGUCAGGUGGUGUUUAA